AUGGCACGAGGCUGUACCGCCGACUACGUCAACGCCGAGUGGUCGUUCUACCGAUUCGAGCCCUCAACGGCAGCGGCUGUCUUCUUCUGCGUCGUUUACGUCCUCACCACCGGCCUUCAUAUCUUCCAACUCGUUAGGACCAAGACAUGGUACAUGACCGCUUUUGUCAUCGGUGGACUAUGCGAAGUAAUUGGAUACGCUGCGAGAGCGCAAAACACGACACAAGAGCCCGGAUGCUGGACUCUCGGCCCUUAUAUCAUCCAGAAUGUCCUCCUCCUCAUCGCGCCGGCCCUCAUGGCAGCUUCUAUCUACAUGAUCCUGGGCCGCAUCAUCAUGUUGACCGACGGCGAGAGCCAUGCCUUGAUCAAGCGGCGCUUCUUGACAAAAGUAUUUGUUUCUGGAGACGUACUGUCGCUUCUGAUGCAGUCCAGUGGGGCAAGCAUGAUGGAUCUUGGUGAGAAGGUCAUCAUCGUCGGCCUCUUCAUUCAACUUGCCGUAUUUGGCUUUUUCAUCAUCGUGGCCGCCCUCUUCCAUCGCAGAAUGGUCCUCGUUCCGACCGCAAAGUCCCACCAGCCCGAGAUCCGCUGGCGCUACUACCUCUUGACGCUCUACGUCACCAGCGUCCUGAUUUGGGUGCGCAGCAUCUUCCGUGUCAUUGAGUACCUGGAGGGCAACAAGGGCCACCUGAUGACCAACGAGGCGUACGUCUACGUCUUUGACGCGACGCUCAUGUUCCUUGUCAUGGUGUGGAUGAACUGGUUCCACCCGAGCGAGAUCGGUCUCCUACUCCGCGGCGAGCCGCCCAUCAAGAACGGACUCGAGCUCGUUAUGAUGAAGAGGAAGUUUGGCAAGGUCCAGAACGAGAGUAGCAGCAUGAGUGCUUAG